ACUUUUCCCGGCAUUUUAAGCUUACGAGGUUAUGUACAGUUCAAAUCCACCUGGUGUUUGCCCGUGUCCUAGUCAUCCCAUAACAAUGCAAAACCCGGUGAUCGAGAGAGGAAUAAAUUGCGGCUAAAUCCUCAUUAAAAAGUGUUAAAAUCAAACCCUAACCAUGUCUCAAACACCUCACUCCGGUUGGAAGGACCUCCUUUUCCAGCGCAUGCUGAUGUCAGUGAUCUCCAGCAUAAUGGUCCAGUGCAUGGUGAUGUCUCUUGUGAUUCUCCUGAUGCACCUCUCCCCAACGAAGCCCCUCUCCUGGCUGGAGGAGACCCUCAGUCUAAUCACCUCCCUUCGCACCUGGUGUUACUACCUCAUUCUGUCAACAGUCAUAGUCCUUCAAGGUGUUGUCUGCAGCAAGAAUUACCUCACCUCGCCUCCCAUGGCCGAUACAAGAUUCACAGCCCUCUGCAACACCUUCACCGCUCACAAUCUAACAGCGAUCACCCUACACCUGACGAUAGGAGUGAUCCUGGUGUGGCUUCACCUGUCCUUCGAGAGCUCCAUAACUUUACGAAAAAAGUGUGAAAACACAUCUGGCAACUGUCUCACAGAGGAGUACAUUUACCUGCUGUUGUCAGGGCUGUUCACAGGGAUCCACUACUUCCUCAAGAGCAAUUUCUUCCAAAUGAGACGCCUAGAAUUCCCAGUGAUACCACAGAGUAAGUUCACACAAGUGAGACGAGAGAUGUCUCGACUGAUACCCAGUGCAAUGACAAGUGCAGUCUGGCCUGGAAUGUACUUCAUGGCCUUCUAUUACACCCUCGGUGGAUGCCUCAGGGGCCUGAUCAGCUCAGUGUUCUUUCUGAACGUUGAGGACGAGCCCCUGGACAGUGUUUCUCGACUCCUCAACGUUCACCUCAUGUUCAGAGUCUGGUUGUACAUUGGACUGUUCUCGUUGACGAUGGAGUCCAUGCACCUGCUCUUCCAGGUGCACUUGACAGAGUGGAUGCAGUUUGACAUUGGCCAGAGUGUCUACAGUGACGAUCAAGGCAUGAUGAGCCUCUCGGAGGCACUGGCCAUGGAGGAUGUCCCCAUCAUUCAGCAUCUUGGAUACUUGGACCUCGUGACGUUGGCGGAGAAGCAGAAGAACAGGAGACAAAUCAUUUUUUCAUUGAGCCAGCCUGGAGGACAUCCCUACAACUGGAAUUGCAUUGUGGACAAGUGUCUAGGGAUGAUCAGGGGGUACUCGAAGAGGGUCGAAGAAGUGUGUGCUGUGAAGCAAGAAGUUAUUGCCCCUAUGAAGCCCAUUGCCAUGAGCCUAGAGAGACCUUACUCCUUUCACAUGAGGAAUCUCGCAAGGGUUGAGAGCCCUGAGAAGACCCAGGGGAGUUGUCCCAAGCCUGUGCCAUCGACUGGAGAGCUGAUCAUGGAGUUCUUCAAUAGCAGGAAACAGAGGAUUGUGGACUACAUCAUGUCCAAAUCGUUAGUCUUCUACUUUUUUGGGGUUAGAAAUGACAGCAAAAUUCGACAUCUUUUGAUGAAGGGACAGCCAGUGAUUUGGGCUGUCGAGGCUAUUUCAUCGCUGGCUGUUAUUUCUUUAAAGGAGGAUCCUUACGGCAUUGUCCAGAAGGAUCUGCCGGCCAUGAUUGAGGCCCUGUUGGGGCUCAAGCAGGCCCUGGACAAGCUGCAUAAAAUGAACCUGUUGAACAGGAAGCCACAGCAGGACGACAAGGAAGUCAGGCAUUUGUUGGGGGUAUUGAGGACUGCUGAUAAGAGGGGGAUCUACAAGAUCGUUGUCGCCUUCAGAGACUACUUUGAUGAUCUUGCUCUUGAACAGGGAAUCAAGGAUCAGCUCCAGGGAUUUUUUUCGUUUAGAGAAUGAAUGUUUACUUUAUGUAAUUGGCUACUGCCUUCUCUGUUAAAAUUAGUAUUAAUAGGAUAUUUUUGAUAUUCUUGAAUAUUAUAAGGGCUCAUUCUCAAGUGUAUUUGUACCUCGUUGGUUUCUAUGAAAUAAAGUCUCUUAAUUUUUCUGUAAAA